CUAGAUCGACCAGAAACACCGCUGAAGCCGUUAGCAGUUAUACCCUUCAGUCGUGACGCCGACUUCAUCGAGAGAAGCGAGCUGUUCGAUCAAAUUCAGACGAAAUGCGCUGCACCGGGCUCGCGGACCGCGCUUGUCGGCCUAGGCGGCGUUGGGUACGUGCGAAGGGCGCAGACCACAGCGGACAGCUGACCGCUGCGAAGUAAGUCUCAACUGGUCAUCGAAUUGGCAUACCGAACCAGAGAGUGAUCACCAGAGACGUGGGUCUUCUGGGCCCACGCCAGCAACGCAGUACG